AUGCAGCACCAGCAACAGCAACAGCAACAGCAACAUCCCAUCACAAGUCCAGCGGUCGGCCAUAUCUACGACUGUGGGAAUACAACUGCAGAGGCUCGUGAGCGGAAUUGUACCUUUGAACUGUUUACGGUGUCUUGGGUGCCUCCUGCCUGUGCCGAUGAAGAUCUGGAUGCGGAAUUUCGAGCGAUUGGAUAUCGGUAUUUUGCAGACAAGGAAAACACGCAAGAGUUGACCUAUGAAGAGCUGGCGAAUCGAGUCUGGCAGACGGCUUGGACGACCAAUGAGCAGCAUCUCAUGCAUUGUGGUUAUGUAUGGAGGAAGAUGCAUCGGGCUGUCGAGGCUGGGAAACGGCAUUCAGAUCGCGAGUUGGAAUGGGAGCAUACGGUCCACUGCAGCGGGUUGAUAGUGAAACCUGGAGACUUAGGAGAGAUCAUCAGUAUAGAACCUGACUUUGGAAGGUGUUAUUAA